GGGGGCUUAUAAAAGCAAGUGGGUCGGCGAUGAAAGAGCAGUUCUGGAACAGGUCGCAAUCGCACACCAGCCGUGCAUAGCAUAUCAGCCGUCUCCGCACCCGGACAAGCAGUAAACAACGCGCCAAACAACACUCAAGCAGGCAAACCACUCAGAAGCAAAAGGCACUCGACUAUGGAUCGUUGGCUGAAUCGCGUUGCCGUCGUCACGGGCGCCAGCUCGGGCAUCGGAGCUGCCAGCUGCAAGGACCUGGUGGCCAAGGGCCUCGUCGUCGUGGGUCUGGCCCGUCGCGAGGAGCGCCUCAAGGAGCUGAAGGACUCGCUGCCCGCCGACCAGGCCAGUCGCUUCCAUCCCCGCAGGUGCGACGUGAGCAAGGAGCAGGAGGUGAUCGACACCUUCGCCUGGAUCGAUGCCACCCUGGGCGGCGCCGAUGUCCUGGUCAAUAAUGCCGGCAUCGUGCGCGCCGGUGUGGGGAUCACCAAGGAGGGCAACAGCGAGGAUCUGCGUGCCAUCAUCGACACCAAUGUCCUGGGCGUGUCGUGGUGCACUCGCGAGGCCUUCAAGUCCCUGCAGCGGCGCCAGGUCAACGAUGGCCAUGUGCUGAUCGUGAACAGUGUGGCCGGUCACUCGGUGCCCAACAUUCCCGGCUUCACCAUGGGCAUGUACGCGCCCUCCAAGCACGCCAUCACCGCCCUCACCGAGGUGCUGCGCCAGGAGUUCCAUAACAGCAAGACCCAGACCAAGAUCACGAGCAUCAGUCCCGGCGCCGUGGACACCGAGAUCAUCGACAAGGAGGCCAUCGCCGCCCUGCCCGACCUGCCCCUGCUGCGCUCCGAGGACGUGGCCGAUGCCAUCAGCUACUGCAUCCAGACGCCGCCCAAUGUCCAGAUCCACGAGCUGAUCAUCAAGCCCGUGGGCGAGACCAUCUAGGCGUCCGCUCCCUGAACGUAUGUGCAGUCUUAGGUGAACCUUCGCAAAUACACGCUUUUGAUCUGAUA